AUGAGCGACAAUGCUUCAUCCACUUUCAUUGGGGACAAUACCCACGGGUCUACCCUGAACCAAGGGUCUAUCAUCACUGGAGACGGCUCACACGUCGGUAACAUCAACCAUUUUCACACGGCUACACAGGAGGAUGCCGCGCGCAAAUCAUGUCUGAAAGACCUCCUGGCAGCUUUGGGGGACGAUCCAGACGACUAUCGGCAGAUGCUCGAAGACCGCAAAGGACCGAAAACACUAGGCACCUGUGAGUGGGUUUCGGAGACCGACGUAUACAAGAGCUGGAUCUCCAAGUCGCACGGCCUACUAUGGAUCUCCGGAGAUGCCGGCAAGGGAAAGACUAUGCUUUCUCUCCAUCUCGUCAGUAGUCUGAAAGGCGAAUCUUCAGCUGCACGUGUCGUCCACUUCUUUUGCAGUCGAGAUCACGGACGGAACAACGGUGCAUCUAUCCUCCGUGGCCUUAUCUAUCAGCUACUCUCUCAAUAUCCAUCGCUAUUCGAGCAUGUCUUGGAUGACUAUGACAAGCAUGGAGCUAGUCUAUUUGAAGACAGAAAGUUCCAAGCCCUCUGGAAUAUCUUCGCUAGGAUGUUGCACGACAAAAACAUCAUACCCAUUACAUGCCUUCUCGACGGUUUAGACGAGUGCGACGAAGACGGUCUCGAGGACUUCUGGGUGAAGAUCGAAAGCCUCUACAAAUCUGAACCUCAACAGAAAUCCGAACGCUCUUCUCAUUCGUUGAAGCUUCUCGUUGUCAGCCGGAACCACCCUUAUUCUAUUCAGCAAGCAAUGGACACAUUCCCCCGACUGCGUCUUGAACCCGACAACGAGCAACAUGUUGGAUCUGAUAUCUCCAAAUUCGUCGACGAUCGUAUAUCCACUUUGCAAUGCCCAACUGAAGCACGAGAGUACAUCAAGAACAGGCUGUGCGAUCGAUCGGAAGGAACCUACCUAUGGAUCAGCUUCGCCAUCAACGCUUUGAAGAAAGUGCGGGUUAUCGACAUGGAACGUACUGUUGAAUCUUUCCCUCGUGGACUCGAUGCCAUGUACCGUCGCAUGUUGUUGGCAAUCUCCGAGCAUGAAAGAGACAAGGUUAUGGCAAUCUUGCAGUGGAUCACGACCACAUUCCGUCCACUAAGCCUCGUCGAGCUGGCUACCGCCGUCGGCACAAUGCCUGCGAGGGGCCAAACCCUGGAAGAGGCGAUCAAGGAUGAGGUAGCUUAUGCUGCAGAUCUAUUGACGAUAGCGACGCGGGUUGACAAAGAUAACCACGAAAUGGUAAGAACCAGCGUUACACUGGUGCAUUCAUCUCUGUUGGACUUCCUUCAAAACGUUUCAGAAUAUGAUCCCGAUCUGAGAACCUUUCGUCUCCAGGCAGCCGCCACACAUGACCGAUUAACUCGGCGCCUCUUUGACUACCAGUACCAGAUCUUGCAAAGCUUUGACUCCGUCCAGAAUGACGAUGUUCGUUUCGAAGAUCUCAACGGAUUGGAUCGUGACUUCGGUGACUUCGAUCAAGAUGAAGAGGAUAUCGGUCAAGCCUUGGCGAAAUGGAGUGGAACCCCUGUCCAUAUCGCUGCUACCAUUGAGCAGCCCGAAGUCAUGCACAUCCUACUCAGUACUUUUUUACGAGAAGGUGGUUCCAUCAACGAGACUGACGAGAAUGGCCGUACCUUUCUCCAUCUACUGGCAACAUCCCAUGGGUCCGAUCUGCGGCAUUGCUGGAAUGUCUUCAGCAAGUUUGCAGAGUCUUCUGAGAUCGUCAAUCACAUGUUGGACAGAAACGGAGAAUCUGCCCUACAUAUUGCCACACGGAAAUCCUGUCUAGCGAUCAAUGGCUCGUUUCAGGACGACUUUUAUGAAGAUUCGGACUCCGACUCCGAAGAGACGGUGUGGAACCCUGUCAUCACACUCGUGGAAACAUUUGGAACAGCUGUCAACAUCCAGACUUCCACUGGCGUAACACCGUUACACAUCGCCUGCAAAAACGGGGCUUCCAGCCUAGUCGCUUAUCUCCUUGGCAAAGGUGCUAAUGCGCGCUUGUAUGACGAGUCUGGUCAGAACGCAAUGCACUGGCUUUGUAGCCAAAUGCAACAAGGCGACGAGAACAGACCUGCAAUCCUUACCGCACUGGCAGAAAGCAUGACUGUGGAAGAUAUUGAGGCUAAAAGAACGGACGGUCAGACAGCUCGAGAUCUUGCUGUCAAGCACGAUGCCGAUUAUCUGGAGAUAGCAAGACGUCACGCGAAUGGCCUGACACCAAACCUUGAUAUGCCAGCAGAGCCUUUGCCACCGGGCGUCCGAGAGUUUUGUGUCAGCUUUUGGCAGUCUGGACAACGAUGCAAUAUGUUUCGUGAACUUCAUGGUCUCAUUGAUAGUUUGCUUAACAUGGUCAAAUGCGAGCCAUCAAGUGAAGCAAUUGCUGGAUUGCAGCGAAUGGUGUCUGAGCAGCCUCAAUUUCAACAUGUGCUAGAGAAACACCGCUUGUAUUGGGAGUCUAAGGCGAAGGAAUGA